AUGGCCCAUCGCCGCGGCGACGAGGCCGACCGCGGGCCCGGAGUAGCCUACCAGCCAUUUGUGGCCAUGGAGUGUUUGCUGGAGAAGUUGGUCAUUCUAAACUAUGAAGAUGAGGUCCUGGCCAAACACAACAUGAGAAACCUAUCCAGACAUUACUUUGUGUCCAGUCCCUACCUGGAGUCGAACCCGGGGGAGCAGUUCUACAUGUUCACCAUCAUCGCCGCCUGGCUCAUCAAUGCUGCGGGCAGGUCGUUUGAUGAAAAUGUGGAGUACAGCGAGCCCAGUGCCACCAUGUCUGACAUCCUUGCAGAACUACGGGCGUUUGGCGUCCGUGUGGAUUUCCCGCCCUCAAAGCUGUUGUCCGGCUCAGGCGAACACGUCUGCUUCGUGCUGGAUAGAUUGGCUGAGGAGGCUCUGAAGAAAAGAGGGUUCUCCUUCAGGAGCCCAAAAUAUCCACCAGAAACUACAGAGGAACCACUUGUAAUGGUGGACGACGUGGAAUUCAACCUCAGCAACGUGGAGGACGAGACAAUCGAGGAGCCGGAUGAUGAUGAUGAGAACGUGAUGGACCUGGAGGCCUUGAAGUUACGCACAACUCAAAGCGAGGUCUCCUCUGUGAAUACAGAGAUCCUGCAGCCUACAGUGGAGGCGUCUGAGUGGUAUCUGGAGGUGGAGCGAGUCCUUCCUCAGCUCAGAGUCACCAUCAAGAACGACAACAAGGACUGGAGGGUCCAUGUGGAGCAAAUGCACCAACACCGAGACGCCAUCUCAUCCUCCUUCAGAGAGGCCAAAGGAUACCUGGAGAAACUACGUGAGGAUAUCGGGAAGACUUUGGAAAAAGUCCGCAGUCGAGAGAAGUACAUCAACAACCAGCUGGAGCAACUCGUCCAGGAGUACCGUGGUGCUCAGGCCCAGCUCAGCCAGGUGAAGGAACAGUACCGGCAGGCAAGUGAGAACCUGACAGAGAAGGCCCGCCUUUUGGCAGACAUGGACGAUGAGCUGAAGCGGGUGAAGCACGAGACGGAGGAGAGGAGCAGCAGCAUGUCGGACGGAGCCCCGCUGGUCAAUAUCAAGCGCUGCAUCGCCAACCAGAAGCAGGAGAUUGUCCAGCUCAGCAAGAUGAUUGCCAGCCUACGCUUGCAGAUGAAGAAGUCUAACAGCUUACGGGACGCCACCCAUUUUAUAGAGACGCCACGCUUUUCAUGCAACUCAGAUGUCUGGACUUGGGAUUCUUGA